GCGUCAGCGGAGAUACGAUAUAUAAACAACAUUUACGAACAUCUAGAGUCAUUCGAUUUAGACAUUGUACGUUAGUUAUAUAAGAGAUAAUAAAGAGCAAAACAUAAAUAGGGUUAUUUUAGUUUCAUGAUAUACUGUCCCGCUAAUCAAUUCUUUGUUGUAUUUACAGAUAUGGGGAUAACGCGAGACUGACCGUGACAAAUUUGGUCAGCCGUUUUUCACGAACGUACGAAGGUCCGCAGCGGAUCUUCAACGACCUUGAGAUGACGUUCAAUGUAAAUAGUUCAGUAUUCUUUGGUGGUUUGCCUUCGAAUGAAAAGGUAAGAGUUUUGGUGGUUGUUGGUGGGUAGUAGUUCAAAGCAACUGUAUGAAAGAAGCUCUGUAAUCACAGAGGUAUUAACUUCAGUCUUGUUAUUCACAGGCGAACUUCAGCGAGAGAUAUUUUGAUGGGGACUUGGACAAUCUUGUACUGAAUGAGGACAGAGUGUCGUUGUGGGAACCGCUUGCAGUAGAAGGAGUUCGACGAUAUAUUGCCAAGAGGUACCGUAGGAAUAAACAUUAUACAUAAUUCAGUAUCUCAAUCCCAAUCCACUACCGUGCAAAAUGGUCUUGAAAAAGACCGUUCACAUGGCGCUAUCUAAUUUAGGAGACAUUCCCCUACAAAACAGGACCUAAUUUUAUUUGGUCUCGAAUUAAAAUGGUUAGCUGUGCCGGAAUUCGUUCGAUUUCAUACGUGCCGAAGGCGAAAUUGAGUACGGUCCCGAAUUCAUCCGGCCCCAUUUGGAAGGGUCCUAAGUGAGCUAAGAAGAGUAAGAAUAGAAGCUAAUACACUGUAAUAAAUUAAGAUGGCUUACAACACAAAAAAGUAGAAUAGAAUAGAAUAGAAUAGAAUGGAAUUGAAUGGAAUGGAAUAGAGUGGAAGGGAAAUAAAAUAGAAUGGAGUAGAGUGGAAUAAAAUGGGAUAGAAUGGAAUGGAACGGAAUGGAUAAAGUGGAAUGAAUUGGGAUAGAACUGAAUGAAACGGAAUAGAGCAAAAUGGAGUAGAAUGGAAUAAAAUGAAUUAGAAUAAAAAUUACAAAAGAGGCAAGUAGAUCCCAUUCUAGCCGACAAAAACCGGACAAGGUAAAGUGAUGAAGUAGAAUGGGCCAGAAUGAAGUAGGGUUAAAUUAAUGAAAUCUUUUAAUUCCAGAGUCUCGCAGGACACUUUUGGAUUUUGUGAUACUUUUCAUGGCACUGGCUUCGUUAAACAACUGGCUGGAGAAUUUUACACAAGAACAAACUCAAGUCUCUCUUUUCAAUUUCGAACAUUUUUCAAGAAUGCUCUGAUGGUCUUCGUCGAAGGGAGUAAUAAGGUAAAGAUUAACAUACAUUUUCAGUUUAGAGCCGAUAGAGUUAUGCUGUGUAAAUAAUAAAUGGGUUUCUAGGAAGAACAGUUUAGAACUGGCGAAGUUGUACGGUAUAGUUUACUUUAGGUUACCUCCCGUAGUAAGACUGGAUCAAUAAGAGAUGAUCCUUACUGGACCUCUAGGAAGAACAGUUUAGAACUGAUAAAGCUAUCCAGGAUAAAUGAAGUUGGUUUAGUUUAGGUUUCCUCCUGUAGUAACACUGGAUCAAUAAGAGAUGAUCCUUACUGGACCUCUACGGAGAACAGUUUAGAACUGAUAGAGCUAUCAAGUAUAUAAAUGAAGUUGGUUUAGUUUAAGUUUCCUCUUGUAGUAACACCGGAUCAAUAAGAGAUGAUCCUUACUGGAUCUCUGGGAAGAACAAUUUAGAACUGAUAGAGCUAUCUAGUAUAAAUGAAGUUAGUUUAGUUUAGGUGUCCUCUUGUAGUAACACUGGAGCAAUAACAGAUGACCUUUACCGGACCUCUAGGCAGAAGAGUUUAGAGCUGAUAGAACCGUUUGAUAUAGUUUAGGUUUUUCUGCUAUGCCUAAUUGAUAACUCAAGUAUUGAGCGCACAAGAUGAUUUUAUUUGAAGUAUAUGUUUAUGUUAUGUUUUUUAAAGUUAUCUGCUGGUAACAUAGUUUAAUGUAGGUUUCAUUCUGUGUUAACAUUGCACCUAUAAGGAUUAACCCCUAUUAUAGAUCUCGACGAAGAACAGAACUAAUAUAGCUAUCCAGCAGUAACAAAGCCAGUUUAGUUUUAACUUUCUCUUGCUCUUGCAUAGGAAUUUAUCUACAGUGUGUCUCUGAACAACGGGCGUGUUAUCUUUCACUACAAUAACACAAGACUUGCUAGCGACAGGUCCGACUAUGGCAACGGACAGUGGUAUGAUGUGCAUAUCACCAGAACCUUAAAGAACGCGUCACUUCACGUUACACCUCUGGGCACUGGGUCCAAUGAUUACGUCAACCAAAGCACGCGUUUGCCUGUAUACUUGCCUGUAGCGCAAUAUGUGUAUUUUGGAGGGACAAACGAAACUCGGUAAGACAUACAUGUAUAUCUUUCUUUCGUAGCAAAAGUGUGUUAUACUGCUGAGUUAAGCAUAAUUAGGUUAUGCAGAAGUAGUACAUGUUUUGAAUGUGAGCUACCUUAAAGUGAUCUGAUGUUGUACAGAACUCACUGCUGAGUUAAGCAUGGUUAGAUCAUACAGAGGUAGUACAUGUUCUUGAAUGUGAGCUACCUUAAAGUGAUCUGAUGUAGUACAGAACUCACUGCUGAGUUAAACAUGGUUAGAUCAUGCAGAGGUAGUACAUGUUCUUGAAUGUGAGCUACCUUAAAGUGAUCUGAUGUAGUACAGAACUCACUGCUGAGUUAAACAUGGUUAGAUCAUGCAGAGGUAGUACAUGUUCUUGAAUGUGAGCUACCUUAAAGUGAUCUGAUGUAGUACAGAACUCACUGCUGAGUUAAACAUGGUUAGAUCAUGCAGAGGUAGUACAUGUUCUUGAAUGUGAGCUACCUUAAAGUGAUCUGAUGUAGUACAGAACUCACUGCUGAGUUAAACAUGGUUAGAUCAUGCAGAGGUAGUACAUGUUCUUGAAUGUGAGCUACCUUAAAGUGAUCUGAUGUAGUACAGAACUCACUGCUGAGUUAAACAUGGUUAGAUCAUGCAGAGGUAGUACAUGUUCUUGAAUGUGAGCUACCUUAAAGUGAUCUGAUGUAGUACAGAACUCACUGCUGAGUUAAACAUGGUUAGAUCAUGCAGAGGUAGUACAUGUUCUUGAAUGUGAGCUACCUUAAAGUGAUCUGAUGUAGUACAGAACUCACUGCUGAGUUAAACAUGGUUAGAUCAUGCAGAGGUAGUACAUGUUCUUGAAUGUGAGCUACCUUAAAGUGAUCUGAUGUAGUACAGAACUCACUGCUGAGUUAAACAUGGUUAGAUCAUGCAGAGGUAGUACAUGUUCUUGAAUGUGAGCUACCUUAAAGUGAUCUGAUGUAGUACAGAACUCACUGCUGAGUUAAACAUGGUUAGAUCAUGCAGAGGUAGUACAUGUUCUUGAAUGUGAGCUACCUUAAGGUGAUCUGAUGUUGUACAGAACUCACUGCUGAGUUAAACAUGGUUAGAUCACGCAGAGGUAGUACAUGUUCUUGAAUGUGAGCUACCUUAAGUGAUCUGAUGUUGUACAGAACUCACUGCUGAGUUAAACAUGGUUAGAUCAUACAGAGGUAGUACAUGUUCUUGAAUGUGAGCUACCUUAAAAUGAUCUGAUGUUGUACAGAACUUACCGUUCAGUUAAGCAUGGUUAGAUCAUGUAGAGGAAGUGACUCGUUGUUGUGACAGGGGCGGUUCCAGAUAAAGGGUGACGCUCUUGAAAACUGUGAAUGAGACUGAUCCUCAUUCCUCAAUCAUGGCAGUAAAAUAAGUUACAUAGUAACAUGUAUUCUUUCCAACAGAGAUCGUUUUGCUGGCGGUAUGAAAUUGGUCUCUCUUCAUUCUAUUGUGCAAAAUAAGCUGGUGCGAAGGAAACUAAAUGAUAAAAAUUUUACGGUUGUGUCAAGUGGUGUUGCGUUUGACGAGUGUUUGGGACAGGUAAGCUCAAUAAUAAAUCGAAACAAUUGUAGCUAAAUUUCGAGCCUGUGAAGUGAGUUUUCAAUUUGAAUUCGGAACCAAAAAUUACUCACACAAAACUAAACUAAACCUAAACUAACUUUACUUAUACCAGAAAGCGCUUUCAAUUUCGGAUUAUUCUCUCUGGUGACCAAGUAAAGUCUGUUUACAAAGUUUCUGUGCAGUAGGAAUUUUGCAUAGGUCAAUUCUACGUUUUGAAGGAUUUCUAAGAAAUGAUUCAUGGGACUAUUAACACUGAAUCAGUUCCUUCGAACAUUUCAUACAAAUCCUUCAAAACUUAGAAUUGAUCUAUGCAAAAUUUCUACUGCACAGAAACUUUGAUAUUAAUGUUCAUGGGUAAUUGGUCCAGUGUUUUCUCUGCAUGUCUAGUGUAAUCUGUGUCACUAUUUUGUUCCCCAGGUUGAACAAGGUGUUAGUUAUUCUAAUGGUCACUCCGCAGUGAAAACUGAAAACAUCACAUCCAUGACGUCAUUGGCAAUCAGAUUCAAAACGAGCGAACCAAGUGGACUA